AUGCCCAAUAUUACCGCUUUGAUAACUGUAGCUAUGGCACUGUAUUUCGAGUUUACGCUUGGUGUCAGCGAAGCAAACGAUUCGGGCAUCAUUACAGCCCUUAGUACACCAGUCUUCAUGCUCCAAAAUGCUGUCGACUCGAUGAAUAACAUUAAAGAAAUCGGUGCCGAAGUAGAAGAAGAGGACAAGAAGAAUUUGAUUCUCGAGAUUUUGGGCAUAGUACUCAUGGUAGUACCCAUUAUCGGCGAAGGUGGAGGGGCGCUGUUUGGUGGGAUUGCCAGUGUAGCUAGAAUUGCCACUUUGAUUGAAGACAUCGGUAAUGUGGCUCCCACUGCGUAUGAUAUUGUGGACGACCCGUCAUCUGCUCCUUUCGCAAUCAUGGGCCUUCUUCUCGGGGGCGUAGGAAAAUCAUACGAAAGUGAUGAAGAGGUUCUAGGCGAGGCAGCCGCUGCACAAAGAGGUUUAUCAGAAGAUAAUUUGGCUCAAUUUGGGGGCGCUUUUGUAAAGAGCGAUUCUGAUGUUCAAGGAAUCCUUAAAGCUUGUAUCAGCGGAAAGUAG